UGCGCAGUGGCGGCUUUUCUUCAGCCACACUGCGCUACAUUGUGCUGCCGGAGGAGCGGAGCUGUUUCUCGGUGACGGUCGCUGGACAUCCGCUCAGAGCUCCGUGUCCUCAACACCGCUCUCCAUAAAGUGCCUCGUGUUUGUUUCCUUUUGCAUUCCGGUUCAUUUCGGAGCCUUAAAUGGACCCCAGAGUGGCGUGGAUUCAGCCCGAACAGAAAGGACCAGCCAACGCGCUGUGGAUGCACAUCUGGGAGACAUCACAUGGGUCACGGACCUCCAACACCUUACACAACCCUCUGCUGAUGAAGACCUACAGCGCCAUCAGCCCUCAUCACGUGAUGAAGACCUCCAGCUCCAUCAGCCCUCAUCAGGUGAUGAAGACCUCCAGCUCCAUCAGCCCUCAUCAGGUGAUGAAGACCUCCAGCUCCAUCAGCCCUCAUCAGGUGAUGAAGACCUCCAGCUCCAUCAGCCCUCAUCAGGUGAUGAAGACCUCCAGCUCCAUCAGCCCUCAUCAGGUGAUGAAGACCUCUAGCUCCAUCAGCCCUCAUCAGGUGAUGAAGACCUCCAGCUCCAUCAGCCCUCAUCAGGUGAUGAAGACCUCCAGCUCCAUCAGCCCUCAUCAGGUGAUGAAGACCUCCAGCUCCAUCAGCCCUCAGACCCUUCAGGUUUCACCCACUUUUAUUCUUCCACCUCAGUUUGAUCACCGCAGUCUGACUGCCCUGAAUGACACUUGUACAGGAUCAGGGAAGACAAAUACUUCACCUAAAAAUGGCUCCUUAUCUCCGUCGUCCUGUUCUCUGGACUCCGAGACCGACAGUCCCAAAUCAGACUCUUGUGACAGCACAAACACCCACCAUCUUCAUCCUAGAGUCAUUUUCAGCUUCAAUGAACAGCACAACAUCAAUGACUAUUUGCAUCAGCACCAACAGCAGCAUUUGCAUCUCCAAGCACAUCUUAACCAACACCAUCACCGGCAUCCAUCCCAGCACUUCCCUCAAGUUCCUGACCACAACCACCACCACCAUCCAGCCAGGAAGAAGGGUGAGAACAAGACCAGCACUUGUGGGGUCAAUUACCUGCUCACCAACUCCAAUGGUAACCUCUUCUGCCCUGGGACGCCAUGGAAGACCAGGAGAUACAGUCCAGGAGUGAACGGCCUUCAUGAAGAGAUCGUGGACUUCUACGCCUUCAUGUCCCCCCGGCCUGAGGAAGAGGCCAUGAGGAGGGACGUAGUGAACCGCGUCGAGAGCGUGAUCAAGAACCUGUGGCCUGCAGCUAACGUUCAAAUAUUCGGCAGCUUCAGUACCGGACUUUACCUUCCGACGAGUGACAUUGACCUUGUGGUGUUUGGGAAAUGGGAACGUCCUCCUCUCCAGCAGCUCGAUCAGGCUCUGAGGCAGCAGAACCUCGCCCAACCCUUCUCCAUUAAAAUACUGGACAAAGCCACGGUUCCUAUAAUCAAGCUGACGGACCGAGAGACUGACGUAAAGGUGGACAUCAGCUUUAACGUGGAGACGGCCGUGAAAGCAGCACGCUUCAUCAAGGACCACUUAAAGAAGUACACGGUGCUCCCGUACCUGAUCUUUGUCCUGAAGCAGUUCCUGCUGCAAUGGGAAUUAAACGAGGUGUUCACAGGAGGCAUCAGCUCCUACUGCCUCAUCUUAAUGGUUAUCAGCUUCCUGCAGCUCCACCCCCGGAUCGAUUGCCGGGCAGCCAACAUAAAUCUGGGAAUCCUGCUGAUCGAGUUCUUCGAACUGUACGGCCGACACUUCAACUACCUGAAAACGGGAAUCCGUGUGAAGAACGGAGGCGCGUACCUCGCCAAGGAGGAGAUGAUGAAGGCCUUGAGCAGUGGCCACAGACCCUCCAUGCUGUGUAUUGAAGAUCCUAAUUUACCUGGCAACGAUGUGGGCCGCAGCUCUUACGGGGCCCUGCAGGUGAAGCGGGUGUUCGAUUACGCCUACAUCAUCCUGGGUCACGCCGUGUCUCCUCUCGCCCGCUCUUAUCCCAACAAAGACAAUGACAGCACGCUCAGCCGGAUCCUCAGACUGACCCAGGAGGUGAUUAACUACAGGGAGUGGAUCAUCCAGAAGUGGGGGGACAGACACAAUGCCAUAAUCAACCGCUGCACCGUCCCGUUCGGAGGCGACUCCGAAGAGCAACAAAGAGACUCUGCAUCUCCACAAAGUGCCGAUUCCCUCAUGUCUCUGUCCAGCCCGCAGCAGCACUCGACAUCCUCGUCUUCGGCCUCGUCCGUUUCCUCGCUCUCAGGAAGUGACAUUGACUCUGACUCUGUUCUAUCUGGACUUAAAGCGCCGCAUCAAACUUUCCCAGAGGUUCCUUUACUCAGCUCUCAGCAGAGGCCACAAAACGGGACACAUCCCUCUGAGACCACGUCGUCUACCGGACAGGUGCGCAAGCCGCUCCCUGUGACUCUACCCCCACCUGUGCCAGGCAGACCUGUAUGUGUGGACGGGUGUGUGCCACUGAGCAACGGUUACCGACUGUCCUCACCCAUCUACCUCGGCCCGCUGCCUGGCCUCCAGCACCAGCCCAAGUUUCAUAAUGUCCAGAGGUUUAGCCCGAAGCUUCCCGGUGGCUUCCAGCCUGGUCCGAUGCCUGCACCUCGCACCAACCUUCAACAGCACAACCGAAACUCAUGGCACAGAGGAGGAGGCAAACGCCGCCCUCUAGCCUCAGCAGAUAGAACUGCCACAGGUCAACGGUAGCACUUCUGUUUACGCACGACGAUCCAAGCUCUGUCCUCUGUGACGGCUGCGGUGUUUUUUUUAUUUAUUAUUUUUUUUAAUGUUCUUUCUUUAUUCACUUAUUUUAUUAUUUUUAAAAUUUCCCCCCGUUUGUGCCAAACACUAAAUGAUCUCAUUGCAGCCAAGCUGUAUUUGGAAUUUAGUACCACUCGUGCAAUAUGAGUAUUUUUAUAAUUUGCUAUAUUUUUUUUUUUAGUUCUUUUUAAAUUUAAGUUUUACAUCUAAGUUUUUGUGUUGUCAUGAAUGUAAGCUGAUGAAGGUCGUGUGUGAUGUUCUUUACAUUAUUGCUACACUACUAUACUAUCAUGUCCAAAUCCAGUGUGUUUUUGAGUAUUUUAUUAUUAUUUAUUUUUUGUUGUUCCCAGAUCGCUGUAGUUCAGCGUCAGUACCAGCAGGUGGAGCUAAUAAGUGCUCUGUGCCAAAAUCCUGGGCCAAAGUAUCUGUCACAUUAACCUGUACCUUUAUAUUCACCCCCAUGGACAACAACAUGCCAGAUUUUGUUCAUUUAAUUUUGCCUUAAGUUUUACAUUUUUGUCUUUCUUUUCUGCACCAGAUUGGUCAUAGUGAUGCUCCAAUAAUGACUGCUAAUAUGCCCCUUAAACUCACCGUACCCCUUUGCAUUUGUGAGAUCAUGAAACAGGAAUGAAAAGGUGGCAGUGUGGCAUUUGGUAAACACCACACACACACACACACACACACACACACACACACACACAAAAAAAAACAAUAGGACCAUGUAUGUAGUUCAACUACGUCUGCACCAACAGUUUGUAAACUGUGACUCAUUUCAUUAAUCGACAUUACAACGGUUUUGUCCCGGUCUCGUUAUUCUGGAAUUGUUUUGUAAAAGUAUUUAAUUUAUGAAUAUGAUAAUUUCAGAUUUCAACACCAGCAGGUGGCACCAAAUAUUUUCAAUUCUCCUUUCAGUUUUUGCAGUGGUGACAUACCAGUAAAAUGUGCAGUGUGAUUCUCCUGACCCUAAUACACCAGGAUGAAGGUCGUAUCCUCACCUCAGAACCACUUAAACGUUGAUGUUCUAUGCAAAAGUCUUGGCACUGAUUGGCCAUUAUAGUCACGGUCAUUGUUGGCGUUUGUCACUGUAACUGAACUGAUCACAAAUGAUCUUUUGCCAAAUCAUGUGAUCACAUUUUUAAAACUUUUCCCCCUUUAUUUUACACAAUAGAACGUAAUUAUUUCCUGCUGUAUAUUUUCACAAAGCAAAUGCGCCUCUAUUAAAAUUAAAGGUCAUUCUUGUAGCAUUUUGACCCAAAGAUGGUGACGGCGAGCACUGGACACACACACACACACACACACACACACACACACCACACAC